AUGCAAGGUGUAUCUCCAAUACAUAUUGCUCGUUCCACUAGCACUUCCACCUCGACACAAAACACUACCCCACAACUCAAACUACCAGCAUUUCCACCGAGUAACAAAGACUUUGAAUGUAACCAAGUCCACACACCAGACGGCAUUUAUCGCCUUUCUCAUGAAAUCUACAACCAAUCCAUCUUGCCGGUCUUCCAUCAAGGCACCCAUUGUGUCUCUAUUCCACAUGCAAAAACAGCAGCAGAAACAGCAGCUGCAGCAACUGCAACUCCCACAACAACAGCAACUACUACAACCACCACCACCACUACUACUACAACCGCUUCCUUGUCAGCAACACUUGCAUCGACCAAAAGUUCAUCGGCAGCCUCAUCCAUGUCAGAGCAAAUGCUUGGCAUGACGCCUGUGCAAGAGAAUACAGAGAUCGAGUCGUCAGAAGAGGAAGGGGGUGGAGCGAUCUACUUUGGACAAUCGGCAGCAUUACCUAUUCCAUAUUCACGUCCAGGGAAUCAUCACCAUAGCAACGGCAACGCCGCACCAGCAUCAUCAUCGGCAUCAUCCGAUCGCACAGGGAGUCUCUUGCGAAACACACCCAUGAGCCAACAUGGAUUUCCCACUACAAAUACUCAGGGCAGCAGCACAACAGCAGCAGGCGAUGUGAUGACACCUAUAUUGACAGUGGAAAAUACAUCAACAACACCAACCUAUCCAGCCGAUGACAAUAUCAAUCAGGUCAACCCUUCUACAUCCAUUGGUGGAAGCAGCAGUGUGGGGUCAUUGACUUCUUUAUUCAGUCGUAACAGCCUUCGUCAUCAUCACCACCAUCAUCACCAUCAUCAUCACCCUCGCAAGCCGAAAAAUAGCCUGCAAAAGACCAAUUCGAGCUUCAUUGCCAAAAUGAUCGUGCACGAGCAGAUAGCCAAGAUCCUAUUCUCCCGCACAUUGGAUGAUUCCUAUAUAUUCUACAACGUGGGUACCAACUUCAUAUGGGCAGAUGCCAAUCAAAAAGUCAAGGAUAGCUUAUGUAAGAUCACGUUUUCCCGAGCAUUCCCAACCAGCCAUGAUGUCAACAUCACCACAUCUUGCAGCGAGUUUAUGGAUGUCAUGAUUGGAUUCAAUACCGGUGACUGCAUGUGGUGUGAUCCUAUCAGCAACAAAUAUACCCGAUUGAACAAAGGAGGUGUUAUGAAUGGGUCUAGUGUCACAGCCUUGAAAUGGGUACCAGGAUCAGAGGAGCUAUUCAUGGCGGCAUUUAGUGAUGGUGUCAUGUUGGUAUUGGACAAGGAGCGGGAUGAUCAAGCAUUCAAUCCACCACCACCGGCAUCGUGGGCUGAGCAUCAAUUUCAUGCUACAAAACCACGCAAGAGUGCAAAGUAUAACCCCGUAUCCCAUUGGAAAGUGAGCGACAAGGGCAUUACAGACUUUGAGUUCUCUCCUGAUGGGUCACAUGUGGCUGUGGUGAGCUCGGAUGGCACUUUGCGUAUUAUUGACUAUGGAAAUGAAAGGCUUUGUGAUAUAUUUGCAGGGUAUUUUGGUAGACUCAAUUGCAUUGCUUGGAGCCCUGAUGGAAGAUACCUUUUGACUGGAGGCCAAGAUGACCUGGUGACGAUAUGGUCAUUAGUAGACCAGAGGAUUGUGGCAAGAUGUCAGGGGCACAAGUCAUGGGUGACAUCAGUCGCAUUUGAUCCUUGGCACUGUGACGGCAAUGUGUAUCGAUUUGGAAGCGUUGGAGAGGAUUGUAAAUUGAUAUUAUGGGACUUUUCAUUCAGUGCAUUGCAUCGACCAAAACAUAAAAUGCGCAUUUCAUACCCACCGCAGAGUCCAAAGGAGGCACCUCGGUCACCACCUGUGCGCCCACAACGUUCUGAAACUCGAAAAUCAAGAACAUUGAGCCGGUUUCGACGUCGUUCAUCACGUAGCGCAAACGUUUUCGGCAAUGUUGAGGAGGAUGAUUCGGAUCUUUAUCACCCAGACGACACAUCCCACAGCAAGCUGGCAACGGUCCAUCCAAUACUCAACAAGGAUCAAGUCCCAUAUCUACAACCUAUUGUUGUGCAAACUGUACAUGCAGAUCCAUGCUCUUGCAUUUCCUUUAGAAAAGAUGCUAUUGUCACAGCUGAUAGAAGGGGACGAGUACGAACAUGGGGCAGGCCCUAA